UUUUUAAACGCAUAACGUAGUUUGUGGUAUACUGUUUCAGAUGGUGUGAUUUUAUCGUGUUUGUUCGUGAUCUUGAUGGACCGGCAGGGUCGUUAUUUUUAUUUAAGGAUGUUGAAAUCAUGUCAAAUAUGCAAGAAUCCACUGUAGUAUUGAAAGCUUCUCCUCAUAUCACAUCUUACAGACACUUCAUUUUGCCCAUAUGGGGAAAUGUUUUGCGACUUCAGAAGAGAGACUGGGUGGGCAGUCCAUCUUCAAGCAUGACAGAGGGUGAUGUGGAGUGUUUCUCUGAGUACAUGGAGCUUUGGAUCCAUAGAAUGAGAAUUGAGGGACUGAGGCUUUGGCUUUCUGGAAUAUUACGAAUUCAAGUGGGUUUGGUGUCCAUGGAGAAUCUGAACCAUCAGCUUUCUUCAUGUGGGUUUGCCCUGCACAGAGAUCUGGAAAAGAACUAUAUCUUUAGAGUCAUGUACAGUGGAUGUUUUGUCCAGUUAGAGCAUUGCAAUUAUGUGAUUGUGCUGAACCUGCUGAAGAGACUAAGUCGUUUAGGAGGCAGGACUCAAAAGUUUCUGAUGAAGUGUCCAGCGGUGUUAGCGCCUCCUAACAGAGAGUACAUCCAGUGUGAUUCAGACUUCAUUCAGGUUACCAGAGAGAUCCCUGUGGAUAACUGGAAUAACGAGCUGGACUGGUCUCUGGCCUUGAGUGGGAGUCUGGUGGUGGCUUUGGAGGAUUCCAGUCUUAUUCAAGUAAAUGUUGAAAUGCACAAACCAAACAUAACAGUUCAGGGGAGGAGAGACACCAUCUUAAGUCCUGUGCAGGUGUUCAUAUCGGAAGGACAUUUCUUACCUCUCAAACUGGUCAGUGGCCAUUAUGCCUACAGUAUGGAGGCGACCUGCCCAAACGUGAACCAGUCAUCAUCUGAAGACACGGUGCUGCAUGUCUAUAAACGGCGUAUGGGUUUGACCAAAAGAGGUGGAUAUCAAAAUGAGACCCUGUCAGUCAGCAGUGUGAUUGUGGAACAGACUGACACAUUCACCUGGUCAGAGACAAGUGACUUUGUGCAGCUUAUCAUUCACACAUCCCACAUUCAACAGAAAAAGGAGUGCAUUGGUCAGGCAGGCGAGAAACUUCAGCAAAAUUUCUACAAGAUAGAUGCUGUUCUCACCUUUAAAGAGGCAAAUCACAAAAUGCACUGGACCAUGGAAAACACCUCCCCUUGUUCAGAGAUAUUAAAAUCGCACCUCCAUUUAAUCCGUGAUGACCCACAAGAAGCUAAUGUGACUGCACAUUCACCCGAGGGGGUUACAGGCAAGCCAGAAGUUCCUGUUAGUUCAAACAAAGAGUUUACUCCUUCUGUGGCACCAGAGACUGUAUCUACAGCAUCACAGACAGCUGAUGAGGAAACCAGCAUCACCUCGGUACAAUCCCAACAACUCCAAACAACUGAGGCUCUUAGUACAUCAUUGAGUGCUUCAAUGCGAUGCAGAACGGAUGGAAAUGCAGGUACCAACUGCACAUGUGUCGGUGAUUUUCCAAACAACACUAUUACUAUUGGUAGUCCAUUAAUCACAACAGAUGUAAUCACAGUUUGAAAUACAGCUACACAUUUAAGCGGCAUUUUCCCUCAGUCUGGGAUUUACAACACAACAGUCAAGUGGACCCAUGCAUCUUUUCCGUUGACAAGCAAAGUGCCGCUGGAAUCACAUGUGGGGAAUGAUUACAUCCAAGACUGUGUUGGUCAUGCCAUUUAAAUACGAACUACUGUCUCGGAACUCCCUCAGCUGUGUGCGUCACAUCUCAGAAAUAAAUGUGGUGUCUAGUAUUAAAAAAAAUUGGUGUUUAUUCUCAAG